ACAAUUCUCUUUGCCAAAGAUACCUUCUUUCUUCUCGUCGCUUGUUAUUAAUAUCCGGCCCUCCUGUCUCCUGACCUAACCUACCUAAUCCUAAGCUCGAAGUUUACAGCUGGAUUAGCACUAAUCCUUCCCGUCGUCAUCAUGGGCAUACGCGACGUUCUCAUGAAAAAGGAGAGACUCAAAGGCGAGCCCAGCAGCGAGGAUGCAGUAAACAGGCUGGCAGCCCCCGAAUUCAAAUUCAUUCGAUCAGACACACACACCCAAGAGGUCAUCCACCCCCCGAGCGGCCCCCCAGGCUUCGACGACGGCAAGGAACAGUACCUGAACCCGAACGGCAACGACGGCGGCAGCGGCCAAAAGCCCCGGCGCAGCCUCGACGUCUUCUUCGGUAACAGCCGAUCGCGCAGCGCGUCCGCCUCCUCGCAGGCGAGCUCGACUUCGAACGCCCACUCGAACAAUGGCAAGAUUGGGAGGCGGCUGUCGGAGCGGCUGCACCUCAGCCGCUCGCCCGCCUCGUCGGAAAACGUCCCGCAGAACCUACCGGAUAUUGUGACCACGGCCGAGGGCGGCGAGGGGGACGAGCUGCAGUGGGAGAAGCGCGCGACCAUGCUGGCUUCGGCGAACAAGAGCAGGCCCGCGACGCCGUUGGCCAACGACGCGGGGGGUGGGGGAGACAUGACGAGGGGUAGGCCGCAGGGCGCGGCGGCGGCGGCGGUAUCGUCUCCGGCCAUUGACGAGGAUAUACAGGAGGCUAUCCGGCUGCACGAGACGGGGGAUUUCGAGAACUCGACGGCCAUGUUUGCCCGUCUGGCUGACCCGAAAGGGGCGAAUAACACCCUGAGCCAGUUCCUAUAUGGUCUUUCUUUGAGGCACGGAUGGGGUUGCGAACCAGACCCAGAAGGGGCUAUCAAGUAUCUCUCGGCGGCGGCGUCGAAUGCGGCAACCGUCGAGCAGAUGGCGUUGAAGGCAGGGCUCAAAAAGGGUGGUGCUGCCAAGGGCGAGCUCGUUCUGGCCAUUUUCGAGCUGGCGAAUUCCUUUCGACACGGUUGGGGCACAGCCAAGGACCCAAUAGCGGCAAAGCAGUACUAUGAGACUGCGGCGAACCUUGGAGAUACUGAUGCUAUGAAUGAGGUAGCCUGGUGCUAUGUAGAAGGCUUCGGAUGCAAAAAGGACAAGUUCGCAGCAGCCCGUUACUACCGGUUGGCUGAAAAGAACGGCAACAAAACACUAGGCAAUUCAUGGUAAGUCGAGCCUGUCUGUUCCUUUCUUUCUUUCUUUCUUAUCCACUGGUUCGUUGGUGGUUUCCCCAGAGUUGGAUCCGGCGCAUGCAUCGCUGGUGGUGGAGGGGGAAAGCUGCAGCUCCCUU